UUGAGGGCCUAGGCAAGGAUGCCUUCUCUGUCUCCCCAAGCCGUGCCGUGUCAAAUACUAUAGUGCAAAUUCUGAUGAAGACCCCUGCAGACGUCGACUUCGAGAAGGGUGCCUCCAUGACAGUGAAGUUGAUUGCUGUGGACUCCAAAAAAGAGGAGUUCAAAUCUACCGCCACUGUCACCAUUACAAUCAAUGACAUCAAUGACAACAGUCCCAAAUUCAAACAGGAGACCUACAACUUAGAUAUCGAGGAGCACAGUCCAAAUGGAACAGAGAUAGCAACCAUCACAGCCACUGAUCCAGAUACAGAAGAUGUUGGAAACAUUGUCUACAAACUGCUUCCAGAGAGCAUGUUGGAGUUCUUCAACGUCGACCCAGGCACUGGAAGAAUCACAGUUAAAAACGGUGACCUUCUGGACAGAGAGGGCCGCAGUUUUUACUCUGCCAAUCUGCAGGCAAAAGACAAGGCCAACAACACUGGCACUGCCAUCCUGGAGAUCACGCUCCAGGACAAGAAUGACAACGCACCAAAAAUUAUCAGAGAGUCGUACAUUGCUUUUGUCAACGAGGGUCCUGGUGUUGACCUUAAAUUUCAAAUCCAGGCUAUUGAUGAUGAUCAACCUGGCACAGACAACAGCAAGAUCGAGUAUGAAAUUGUCGAAAGUGAAUUUAGUCACGAUUUCACAAUUAACAAGGAUACUGGUAUUUUAAAAAUGACAGACGCCCUGGACAGGGAGGCUCUGGACCCUGCAUUAAAUGGAGUGAUUGAGCUGAAUGUGACUGCUUAUGACAAAGGAAUACCCCCCCUUGGAACCUGGGUCAGAGUGGAAAUCAAUGUUGGGGACAUCAAUGACAACAGCCCCGUCUUCCGUCUUCCAGAGUAUGACUUUGAAGUCAAAGAAAGUGAGAAAGGUGCUUUUAUCAACUCUGUGUUGGCCAAAGACGAGGACCAGACCGAAAUGAACAACCGGAUCUCGUUCAGCAUCACCGGAGGCAGUUCUGGGACCUUCUCGGUCCGUAGCGUCCCAGCGCCAAACAACACAGGCUACUGGGGGAACAUCAGCGUGGACCAGGACAUCGAGCUAGAUUAUGAAACCCGCAAGACUUACACCUUCAAAGUGCAGGCUCUGGACUUGGACAGGAAAGAAGACUCAGCCACAGUGAAUUUGAAAGUUUUGGAUGUCAAUGACGAGACGCCCAGCUUAAAAACGGGCAUAGUAAUAGAAAUGAAAGAGAACACCACCGUAGACGGAGGUGUGAUUGGUAAGAUUGUGGGUGACGAUAAAGACACCGUGCACCUGCUUGAAUAUGAACUUCUCCGCACCGAGUGUCCAUGCAAUGAGUCUGGAGUUUGCCAGGAGGAGUGGUUCCUGGUGGAGCCUUCAGGGAACGUGAAGAUCAACCCAGAGUAUGUGGUUGACUAUGAAAGUUGCCACGAGGUGAUCCUGCACGUGCAAGUGACUGACACUUUAACAGAGCUUGGCAAGAAUAGCAGUGAGGGGACAAUUACUGUCCGAAUCGAAGAUAUAAAUGACAACGCCCCAGAGUUCAUCCAGACACAACCCAACUUUGUUGUUGUUGCCGAAAGCACAGACAAAGAUACAUCUGUGGCCAGCGUGUCUGCAACAGACCGGGACUCAGGGGAGAACGCCAUCAUAACGUUCAAUGUGCUAGCAGUGAGGUUCGUCAACAACAAUAACGAGACUGAAGGCCUUGACAAAAUCUUCAAGGUGGACCAGCCACCAACACCUUCAGACAACACUGGAAUAAUACGAUCUCUCCAGAGUCUGUCCGCCAGCAUGAAGGGGAGAUAUGUGAUCACGGUUGAGGUGAAGGACAACGGAGGACUGAGUUCAACUUCAGAAGUUGUGAUCUUCACCGUCGACCAGAGUUUCAAAGUGUCCCUGGAGUUCCGAUCUACUGUAGAAGAUUUUGCUAAUAACCAGGCAAAUAUCAAAUGGGCGCUUGAGUCAUCCACUGGAACAACAGUUCAUAUUGUUAAGGUCUCUGGACAAACAGAACAGAGGGCUGCUGCCUUAACUAUUGUGGAGGCUUAUUUCAUCUUUCCUAAUGGCACUGCCCUGCAACAUGACACUGUUUUAAACAUGGUGAAUGGCAACGGAAACACAGAGUACCGGGAUGUUCUAUUAGGGCAGGGGCUCUCAGGAGUGAAUGCUGGCUCUGAGGACAAGCAAGGAAAAGACAACACGGAGAUGUUCCUCCUGCUGGGAGUAGUGGGAGGCCUGGUGAUCGUGCUGGUUGUCACGUCGACUUUACUGGUGUUCAUGAGGCGGAACUAUCAGAGGAAGCUCAAAGCAGCCAAGGCCAUGAACUCCGCAACGAUGUCCAUAUCGGAAAACCAGAAAUCUGGCCCAGUCGUUCCCGGCACCAACAAGUAUACAAUGGAAGGGGCGAACCCGGUGCUCAACCUCAACAUCGAAACGACCACAGAUCUGGGCUUCGACGAGGAGGACUCCAACACUGACAGAUCCAGCCUUAAUUCCCUGGACUACAACAUGGAUAUGAGUGAGAAAGACACUAUGCCAAUGAUGGUAAUCGAGGAGGAAGAUGAAGAGAACAGCCAACACUAUUACGAGCCACUGGGAGCAGCACUCGCUCAAAGAGGCAAGAGGAAGGGUGGAGAAGAAGACACCCCGUCCCUGACCUUCGACAACCCUGCUCUCAGCACCACAGACCUGUGAAGCUCUGACUGACUGACACCACACGGGCACACAUGCCAACUUCAACUCAUACCACCUGGAGUGCCCACCAAGCCCCCCCAAAACAAAACAAAACAAAACCAAACAAAACAAAACAAAACACAAAACCAACCAGAUUUGGAUUUGAGGCAUACAUUUUAAUUGAAGCAAUUGGCCCGUUUGAAGUCCAAAAGUCAGGGCAGUGGCUGGAGGCUAAGAUCCAACCAUUGUGUCCUCAUGUAAUAGCGUGUAGCUUACGCAACCUCUGCUUUUAGAAGAACCUUUUGCACAUUGAGGAAAAGGCAGCCAUGCCAAGAUGGAUCCCGCCAUGACUCCGUUAUAAAAAUUUCCUAUUGCCAACAGUGCACUUUCCCAGAAGUAUUCAGUGCAUUAUGAGAUUAUCCAGUGUACUUUAAGAUGAAUUGCUAGGUAGCAGAAAAACAUGAAACAAGCACAGGUAAAUAAAGCCAUUUUUAUGGCACAUGUAAAUCAAUUUUAUUUUAUUUUCUAAGAUGUAUUGUAAUUUAAAACAAGCUUUUGAACUUUGAUAUAUGAUUUUUGUACAAAUUGUGGGUCAUGUUUAAACGAAGCUAUAACAAAUCUUGAGGCUUUCCCUGACAAUCCUCUUUAAAGGAAUGUGAAAAAUAUGGAACUAAUUUUGAAAUACAGAUAUACAGCAAACAAAUAUGACAGUAAAAAAAAGAAAUUUUACAACUAAGGUUUGAUUAAUUCUCAGUGCCACAGCAGUUUGGUCAAAUCAUGUCACGUUUUAAACGUGGGCUUUGAUUCACUAUGACUGUGAAUUGUGACUUGACUGUGUGCAAGUGAACUGUUAAGUUGAACCUAUUCAUAUCAUAUGCAUCUAACAGAUUGAAUGCGCGCCAUUGUGUGCAAGUGAAAUCAUGGGCUCAUUUCUCUCUGUACAAUAAGAAUCAAAUGUACACAAAUGUGUCAACACAUACAUGAUAUUUAUCCAAUAAACUGCUUUCCAUUA